CCCAGCUCAUGCUGCAUUCUAAGAACUCUCAUUUCAUUUGUAUAUAACAUUCAUUACAGGAAGUAAUUAACUGAAGGAACAGCGUCAUCAAAGGCUCAAGGAGAAUAGAAACCGCCAUCAUGAUUAUCUACUGGGACCUCAUCAACCACGAUGAGAUGUUCUCUGACAGCUACAAGAUCUGGGAGAUCACAGACGGGCUGUGCCUGGAGGUGGAGGGGAAGAUAGUCAGUAGGACAGAAGGUUACAUUUUUGACUUGCUCAUUGGUGGAAAUGCCUCCACUGAAGGCCCUGGGGGCAAAGGUACCGAAAGCACAGUAAUCACUGGUGUUGAUAUUGUCAUGAAUCAUCACCUGCAAGAAACAAGCUUCACAAAAGAAGCCUACAAUAAGUGCAUCAAAGAUUACAUGAAAUCAAUCAAAGGCAAACUGGAAGAACAAAGACCAAAAAGAGUAAAACCUUUUAUGACAGGGGCUGCAGAACAAAUCAAGCACAUCCUUGCUAAUUUCAACAACUACGAGAAAACAUGAAUCCAGAUGGUUGCUUUGCGGACUACCAUGAGGAUGGUGUGACCCAAUAUAUGAUUUUCUUUAAGGAUGGCUUAGAAAUGGAAAAAUGUUAACAAAUUUGGCAAUUACUUUGGAUCUAUCACCUGUCAUCAUAACUGGCUUCUGUUUGUCAUUCACACAACACGAGGACUUAAGACAAAUGGGACUGAUGUCAUCUUGAGCUCUUAUUUUGACUGAUUUAUUUGGAGUGGAGGCAUUGUUUUUAAGAAAAACAUGUCAUGUAGGUUGUCUAAAAAUAAAAUGCAUUUAAACUAAAAAAAAACAAAAAACAAAAAAAAAAACCUGAGAUUGGGUAAUUUAGAAAGACAAUAGAUUUCUUUAUCUUGUGGUUCUGUAGGCUGAGAAGUUCAAGGGCAUGGCCCUGAUUUCUGGCAAGGGCUUUUGUGCUGUGUCACAACAUAGUGGAAAAGGUCAAAGAGAAAGUGGACACGUGCAAAGAGGGCAAAACCUGAGUGGCAUCCCGGCUUUAUAACAACCCACUGUCGCAGGAACUGAUCCAUUCCUGAGAGAACUAAUCCAGUCUUGUGAGAUGGAGAAUUCACUCACUCCUGCAAGACUGGCACCAAGCCUUUCAUGAAGGAUCCACCCCCAUGACCCAGACACCUCCCACUAGGACCCACCUUCCAACAUUUGGAGAUCAAAUUUCAACAUGAGUUUUGAUGGAGACAAAUAAACCACAUCCAAACCAUAGCACAGGGAUUGCUAAAUACCCCAACAACAGAAAUAGAAAGCUCCCCUAAACACCUUCCUUAACUGAGACCUAGCUGUCUCUGGAGGACCCUACUUCUCCUGUUGGCCUUUCCUCAGAGAUUCUUUCCCUCCUCCAAAUACUUCUGCAUCUGGAGGUGGAGCGGGCCCCUUCUUUGCUCCCCACUGCACCUUCCUACCAUGACCGCUGU